ACUGGUGACGUAGUCGUCACGUGACCAAGAGCAGCCUAGAACCGAAGUCCUGCUAGUCGCCUCCGUCUGGGUACCAGCCCCCUAUUACUCUGCAGGCGUGUGAAGGAAGAAGGAAACUAGCCCCGGACCGCGAGAUUCAUCACAGGAGAGCUACAGGAGCCCAGGAGAGGCUGAAGAGGACUGCUGCUCCACCAUUACUCACCCUGGCCCUCAGAAUCCUCCUGAAUCAGGUGGAACAAGGCCCUCUCCUGUCCUGUCCAAAGCCUGGCACGGACUUGAGCAUGGGCAGGGCUCGGGAAGUGGGUUGGAUGGCAGCAGGACUGAUGAUUGGGGCUGGUGCCUGCUACUGUGUUUACAAACUAACCAUAGGAAGAGAUGACAGUGACAAGUUGGAGGAGGAGGAAGAGGAAUGGGAUGAUGACCAGGAGCUGGAUGAGGAGGAACCUGAGCUUUGGUUUGAUUUCACAACUAUGGCUCGGCCCUGGAGUGAGAAUGGGGAUUGGACCGAACCGGGGGCCCCUGGUGGCACCGAGGACAGGCCCUCAGGUGGGGGCAAGGCCAACCGAACACACCCAGUAAAACAGCGCCCAUUCCCCUAUGAACAUAAAAAUACUUGGAGCACUCAAAGCUUUAGAAAUUUCAGGUGUGUACUUGACCUCUCUAAGUGUCCUUUCAUUCAGGGAAAAAUGUGGUUUGCUCAGCCCAAGGAUGCUGGUUUUUCAUUUAGCCAUGAUAUCAAUAGUAGUCAUUUGGCCAGCCUCUCCAUUGUUGGAAACACAAUCCCCACUCCCGACCCUAUUAGGGAGAAGGCUUUCUGUACUCUGGAUAACUUGAAUGCAGCAGUUGAAAACCAGGGCCAGAUUAAGAUGUCCAUCAGUGAAGUGUGUCGGGAGACUGGGUCAUGUUGCUGCAACUCAUUUCUGCAGCGGGCCGGAUUAGAUUUGUUAAUAAGCAUGACAGUUAUUAAUAACAUGCUUGCCAAGUCCGAUUCAGACUUGAAGUUCCCUUUGAUAUCGGAGGAGGGGAGGGGAUGUGCUGAGGUUCAGGCUUUGAAACUGUCGAUGGGUUUGUCUGGAAAGCCAGUCUUGGCAGGGGACUCGCUGGGUGCCCAAACGCUGCUCUCAUCCAUGUCCCUCUUGAUCAGGAACGGAAACACACAGGUUCUCCCUGACACCCUGGCCUCGUAGAGGGCCAUCUGGAGCGGAACGGAACCGAAUCCACCCAAAACCUUGCUGGAGAACACCCACCUGUGUUCUCAUUCAAAGAAUCUACAGUGGGUGCUGUUGAAGACCCGGCCUUAGCCACCACAUCACGGGGUGAAAGUUACACUUGCUCCACCGAGGACCACGCUCUUCUGGGCCAGGCAGGGGUCCCCCCGGAGCUCUGAGUAACUUCUUGGUUUUGCAGUCUGCAGGCAAAGUGCAUUGUCAGUUACUCCCUUGCGGCCUUCCUCCUGCGGUAAAGGGAUCUUUUCAGCAGCCAGCUGUGCCUACAGAACAUCCUAUGAGAGCAUGGCCGGGGAGGUCUUGCCUCCGGUGGUCUCCCUGUGUCAGCCGGACUGUUUUGAGGAGACCGGGCGCGUGUCGGGGCUGGAGCUGCAAACGCAUCUGUUGCCUCUUAGGUUGAAUUCUUUCCCACUGACUCCUUCUUCGCUGCGAGCUGAUGGAUGGUGAACCUAGUCAUCCACAAAGGACACUCCCCUCCUCUGUGCUCUACUGACUUGACUUCCUCCACCCAAGCCUACAUCUGUACGCAUCAUCAAUAAAGUCGUGUGCUUUGAUUGGCAAAAA